AUGGCUGUGUACACGGAGUUCCUGCCCCCUCCGGAGUGCCCGGUGUUUGAGCCGAGCUGGGAGGAUUUCUCCGAUCCUCUCGGCUUCAUCAGCAAGAUCAGACCUAUCGCAGAGAAAAGCGGUAUCUGCAAGAUCAGGCCACCUCAGGACUGGCAGCCUCCUUUUGCAUGUGAUGUACGCAACUUCCGCUUCACGCCACGGGUCCAGCGGCUCAAUGAGCUUGAGGCCCUCACCAGAGUAAAACUGAACUUCUUGGAUCAAAUCGCAAAGUUUUGGGAACUCCAGGGCUCUAAACUGCGCUUUCCACAUGUGGAGAGAAAAAUCCUGGACUUGUACCUGCUCAGCAAGAUUGUAUCUUCCGAGGGAGGUUUCGAGGCCGUCUGUAAGGAGAAGCGCUGGUCCAAAAUAGCCACUCGCAUGGGUUUCCCAGCCGGGAAGGGCAUCGGUUCCCUGCUGCGUUCUCACUAUGAGAGAAUCCUCUACCCAUAUGAGCUCUUUCAGUCUGGAGCUUCACUCUCUGGCAUACACCGGCUGUACCAGGAAGGAGACGAAGCUGAGGAGGUGGAUGAAGGAAUAGAGCGUGGCUGUGAGGAGGACGAGGAUGAUGAUGAAGAGAAACCUAAAGAGAAGGAAGGCAAGGAGCAAGACGGUCUGAGUGACAAGUCGCAGAAGAAGAAGCACUCUCUUCCUGAGAGACGUUCGCGACGCCUGAAGUCUGAGAGAGAGAACAAAGAGCCCAAAGGCCUUCAGAUCUUUAGCAGCAGCCCUAAAGUGGUGGAUUUUGAGAUUGUUCCUGCCGAUGAUGCUUUCAUAAAGAAGCAGAAGCACCUGAAGGCUCAAGCGUUUGCUAUUAAGAUGCGUCCACGCAAAGAAACUCUGGAGGUCAAUUUUAUCGACAUGUACAUGUGUAUGUCAUGUGGGCGGGGUGAUGAGGAGGACCGUCUCCUGUUGUGUGAUGGCUGUGAUGACAGCUACCACACCUUUUGCCUGAUUCCACCCCUUCAGGAUGUGCCCAAAGGAGACUGGCGUUGUCCUAAGUGUGUGGCAGAGGAGUGCAGCAAGCCCCGGGAAGCAUUUGGGUUUGAGCAGGCUGUGCGUGAAUACACGCUGCAGAGCUUUGGAGAAAUGGCAGACCAUUUUAAAUCGGACUACUUCAACAUGCCAGUUCAUAUGGUCCCUACAGAGCUGGUGGAGAAAGAGUUCUGGAGGCUCGUAAGCAGCAUAGAGGAGGAUGUGAUUGUUGAAUAUGGAGCAGAUAUCAGUUCCAAAGAUGUAGGGAGUGGCUUUCCUGUCCGAGAUGGAAAAAGAAGACUACUGGGGGACGAGGAGGAUUACACCAAUUCAGGCUGGAACCUAAACAACAUGCCAGUGCUUGAGCAGUCAGUGCUUGCACACAUUAAUGCAGACAUCUCGGGGAUGAAGGUACCCUGGCUUUAUGUAGGCAUGUGCUUCUCUUCCUUCUGCUGGCACAUUGAGGAUCACUGGAGCUACUCCAUUAACUAUCUGCACUGGGGAGAACCCAAGACCUGGUAUGGAGUCCCGGCUCAUGCAGCGGAGCAGCUGGAGGCUGUGAUGAAGAAACUGGCACCAGAGCUUUUCGACUCUCAGCCUGAUCUACUGCACCAGUUGGUCACCAUCAUGAACCCUAACGUUCUCAUGGAGCACGGUGUUCCGGUGUAUCGGACUAAUCAGUGCGCUGGAGAGUUUGUAGUGACUUUCCCGAGAGCUUAUCACAGCGGCUUCAACCAGGGUUACAACUUUGCUGAAGCUGUUAACUUCUGCACCGCAGACUGGCUGCCCAUGGGCCGUCAGUGUGUGGCGCACUACCGGCGGCUGCAGCGUCACUGUGUGUUCUCCCACGAGGAGCUGCUGUGUAAGAUGGCGGCUGAUCCCGAGAGCCUGGAUGUGGAGCUGGCAGCAGCCGUGUGCCGAGAGCUGGCAGAGGUGAUCGAUGAAGAGAGCAGACUCCGACAGGCUGUGCAGGACAUGGGGUUGCAGUCCUCAGAACAGGAAGUGUUUGAGCUGGUUCCAGAUGAUGAGCGGCAGUGUUACAAAUGUAAAACCACCUGCUUUUUGUCAGCUCUCACAUGUUCAUGCAGCCCGGAGCGCCUUGUCUGUCUGCAUCAUGCCACAGAGCUCUGCAAUUGUCCUCUUACAAACAAGUGCCUCAGGUACCGGUAUGAUCUGGAGGAGUUCCCUGCCAUGCUGUAUGGGGUGAAGUCCCGCGCCCAGUCCUACGACACCUGGGCCAAGAGAGUCAGUGAGGCACUGUCAGCUGAUCAGAAGAACAAGAAAGAUUUGAUCGAACUGAAGGUGUUGCUGGAGGACGCAGAGGACAGGAAGUACCCAGAGAACAAUAUGUUCCGUAAGCUGAGAGAGAUGGUGAAGGAGGCGGAGACUUGCUCCUCUGUAGCCCAGCUUCUGCUCAACCACAAACAAAGACACAAAAGAGAGCGCACAGAGAACAGUCGUACACGCACCAAGCUGACAGUGGAGGAGCUGAAGGCGUUCGUGGAGCAGCUGUUCCGUCUGCCAUGUGUCAUCAGCCAGGCGCGGCAAGUCAAAGAGCUGCUGGAGAAUGUGGAGGAUUUCCACGAGCGCGCUCAGCUGGCUCUGGCAGACGAGACCCCGGAUUCGGCGAAGCUGCAGGUUCUGGUGGAGUUGGGCUCGGGGCUUGACGUGGAGCUUCCAGAGCUGGCGCGAUUGAAACAGGAGCUGCUGCAGGCCCGCUGGUUAGAUGAGGUGCGUCUCACCCUACACGAGCCACAGCGUGUCACACUGGAGGUCAUGAAGCGCCUCAUCGACUCAGGUGUGGGUCUGGCCCCGCACCACGCUGUUGAGAAAGCCAUGGCUGACCUGCAGGAAAUCCUCACUGUGUCUGAGCGUUGGGAGGACAAGGCACGCGCAUGCCUGCAUGCCAGACCUCGUCACAGUAUGGCGACCCUUGAAAGCAUUGUUGUGGAGGCCAAGAACAUCCCUGCCUAUCUGCCUAACGUUCUAGCUCUUCGAGAAGCGCUCCACAAAGCUAAAGAGUGGACAGCAAGAGUAGAGGCCAUCCAGAAUGGCACCAAUUACGCAUACUUGGAUCAGCUGGAAGCUCUGUUAGCGAGGGGCCGCUCUAUUCCUGUACGUCUGGAUGCCCUGCCACAGGUGGAGUCGCAGGUGGCUUCGGCACGAGCUUGGAGAGAAAGGACAGCGCGCACCUUUCUUAAGAAAAACUCCACCUACACGCUGCUACAGGUUCUGAGUCCCCGAACUGACAUUGGUGUGUACGGCAGCAGCCGAAGCAAGCGUAGGCGAGCCAAAGAGCUGCUGGAAAAAGAGCGUGGUGCAGAGCCAGACAGCCUGAGUGACCUGGAUGAGGCCGCAGACGAGGAGCGCUCACCCUCUGCUGUGGUGGCUGCCUUUAAGGCUCAGGAGCAGCAGGAGGCUGAAGCCAUGCACUCACUGCGGGCUGCCAACUUGGCCAAGAUGAGCAUGGCCGAGCGAAUCGAUGAGGUCCGCUUCUGCCUGUGCCGCAAAACAGCUGCAGGUGUAAUGCUACAGUGCGAGCUGUGCAAAGACUGGUUCCAUGGCGCCUGUGUGCCCCUGCCCAAAGCAGGCUCGCAGAAAAAAUUGACAACAGGGAGCAGUUGGCAAAGUGCUAGCAAAGAGUCAAAGUUUCUGUGCCCGCUAUGCCAGCGUUCAAGGCGACCCCGACUCGAGACCAUCCUCUCGCUAUUGGUGUCCCUGCAGAAGCUUCCUGUGCGACUGCCUGAGGGUGAGGCGCUGCAGUGUUUGACAGAGCGUGCCAUGAGCUGGCAGGACCGGGCGCGGCAAGCCCUGGCCACCGACGAACUCUCCUCUGCUCUGGCCAAGCUGUCUGUGCUCAGUCAGCGCAUGGUGGAGCUCGCAGCACGCGAGAAGACCGAGAAGAUCAUCAAUGCUGAGCUGCAGAAAGCUGCUGCCAAUCCAGACCUGCAGGGACACAUACAGACGUUCCAGCAGGCCGGAUUCAACAGGACCACCUCACCACGGCCGUCUCUAGAUUAUGACGACGAGGAGACAGACUCGGAUGAAGACAUCCGUGAGACUUACGGCUAUGACAUGAAGGACACAGGUGAGGUGAAGCCCUACUUGUUCUGUGAUGAGGAGAUCCCUGUGAAGUCAGAAGAGGUCGUCAGUCACAUGUGGCCCACCACGCCCUCUUUCUGUGCUGAACACGCCUACUCCUCUGCCUCAAAGUCUUGCCCUCAGAACCCUACCACUCCACGGAAGCAGCCUAGGAAGACGCCUCUGGUGCCACGCAGUUUGGAGCCUCCUGUGCUGGAGCUAUCCCCUGCUGCCAAGGCCCAGCUAGAGGUGCUGAUGAUGGAGGGAGACCUGCUGGAGGUCUCUCUGGAUGAAACUCAGCACAUCUGGAGAAUCCUGCAGGCCACGCAUCCACCCUCAGAGGAGCGCUUCCUGCAGGUGGAGUCGGAGGACACGCUGCUGGAGAAGCCAAUGAAGUUAAAGGUAAAGGAAAUGGAGAAGAAGAGAAAAAGGAAACUAGAGAGAGCUGAGCAGCAGUUACUCUUGGCCUCGUCGGGAGUGGAAGGCCGGCCCAAAUGCAAAGACAUGAAGAGGGUACUCGAGGUUGGUGGAAAACCCAAAAAGAAAAAGCUCAAGCUCAGUCCGGAGAAGUCGCGUGAGCUGAAGCAACUGGCCAAGCGCCUCGCCAAGGAGGAGAAAGAGAGAAAGAGGAAGGAGAAAGCUGCGGCCAAAGCCGAGUUCGCCAAGGAGGGUCUGGAGAAGAAGAAGGAAAAGAAGAUCCUAGACAUCCCGUCUAAGUACGACUGGUCAGGUGCAGAGGACUCCAAUGACGAGAAUGCUGUCUGUGCAGCAAAGAACUGUCAGAGACCAUGCAAGGACAAGGUGGACUGGGUUCAGUGUGACGGAGGAUGUGACGAGUGGUUCCAUCAGGUGUGUGUGGGUGUGUCGUGCGAGAUGGCCGAGAACGAAGACUACAUCUGUUCGGCUUGCUCGCGUAAGGCUGGCGGAGUGAUGGGAGUCAAAGUGGGCAUAGAGACUGUGGUCAUGACUUCAGCCAUGUGUAGCACACAGACUCUCUCCCCCCUGUACCAAGCAGAGGUUCAAGAAGGCAGCUAACACAUGCAUACACAGACACCCAACAACUGCUGUUGCACCUCCACUGCAAGCUCUUCUUCUUUGUGUACUUGGGAAGCAGAAAGCAGAGUGAUGCUCUCUGUAUCUUCUAUAUGACUAAGAGCUGACUAUCAUUUUGGACCAUUCAAAAGUCUGUAUACAAGAAGGAUGAGGAUUUUGCAUGAAUAAAAGCAACUGCUUUUUUUCCCCCCAGGUGAAUCCAUUUACGGAUUCUGUGCAUGGGCUACACAAUAAAUGUGGAUAUUUAAGGGGGAAAUGACUGGAUAUGGCGCGCUGGAGAUUUGCAUUGUUCCACCAGACAUUAAACUUCUUUUUUUUUUUCUUGUCUGUGAACUGUCAGAUCAUAGAGCUCACCUCAAAGCCUAAGACUACUCUUUUUCUCCCAUCACACUCACAUUAGCUCUAGGUUGUCUCCGCUGGACCAGACUGUAUUUGCAUCUCUCCAUUUUAACCAGCUUAAAUGAACUGUCAUACAUUACAAGAAGAAUCCCACAAUGCAUUGCUGGUUUGCUCCAGACGUCCUAUCACUAACAGCCUGUAGGAGGAUUAUUAAGCUAUUUGUCUGAUACACCUGCCAGAUAAACGAGUUACCAUGCAAAUAUGUAGGAGUAGUUUAAAAUGGAUGUAUGUAGUAAAAUAUUUAUGAUGUAAAUAGAUUUUAAAGAAUUAAUGAGUCAAUGUGGAUGUUUUUGUUGCUCAACUUUAUUAAAACGAUUCCUAGUGAAAC